AUAUUAGACAUACAUUCAUUUCGUACAACACAAUGGAAUAGUUCAAUUUUCAUUGAAUUUUCGAAAGGAUUAGGAAGAAAAUAUGAAGGUGAAAUUUGGCUUUUCGUUGCAUAUCAAAGUCUGCCUGGUCCUCUACCUCAUGAUCAUCAAUGGAGAUUUUUAGUACAGAAACAGACAGGUAUAAAUUUUUACAUAAUUAAUGCCAACGAAUUAAACAACAAAAUGGGACUGUACUUCAUCGGUGUUGGUUGUGCUGUUCCACAGAAUUCUACGAAAAAUAAAACUAAUUUGGUUGAAUAUCGAUACGGAGGAAAUGAUGUGAAAUAUUUCGAGCGAAAACUUCCUUUUCAAUAUUCGAUUCGAAUUUUUACAAAAGGAUGUUUUUUUUAUGAUGAAGAAGGUGGUCUCUUCAGAAAUGAUGGUAUUCAGGUUAACAAGUUUGUAUUUAGUUGUGCAACUUCUCAUCUUUCCGUAUUUUCUUCAGGAACUUUCCGUGCUAAAGUUCCAGAAUUUUUCUCUUAUGAGUAUAUAACAAACAAUAAUGAAGGUCGUAUUCGCUAUAUGAAGGAUAACAAAUUUCACAGUGAAUACAAAUAUCUUAUAGCAGUUGAAACUGGUUACAAAAUGUUUGCUACUACUGAUUCACAUAUAUUUGUUAACAUUAUUGGUACGGAAGGUUCUGAGUUAGUACGAGAAUUAGCCGACGAUUUUUGUUCCAAAUGCCAAUUUUCUUGGGGAACUACAGAGCGAUUUCUUCUAAAGGCUGAAAAAUCCCUUGGAUCAUUGAAAGCAUUGAGACUAUGGGUUGAUGAAACUGGCGAAAUGUAUCGUCAAUCAUGGUUUUGCAAUCGGAUCAUUAUUAAAGAUCUACAGACUGAUGAAAAUUUUCAUUUCGAUGUUGAUAAUUGGUUUGGAACAUUAAACGGCGACGGAGAAGUAUUUAUUUAUUAA